UCCAUUACAGGGAAGAACUUCGACCAUGGCUGUGGCUUCGUCUAAUACUAAUAUUGAGUUUUGCGUAUCUGAGACUCAAACAGAGAGAAACAGGGCAAAACGAAUGGUGGGUACAACUGAAGCAGAUAAUUGCUCAUUUGUAUGGGACGAGAAUUCUCAGCUCUACUUCCAUGCCAGUAGUGGGUUUUACCAUGACCCAGUUGCCGGAUGGUACUAUAGUAGUAGAGAUGGUCUUUACUACAAAUUUGAGAAAGGAAAUUAUGUGCUUCUGGAGUCUGACAAGAGUGAUGAAGGGGAAGUUAAUCAGAGCAAGGAAACUGGUAAUGAUAAUCCCCUUCAGGAUGAUGAAGCUGAGGCUUCCCAGUGUAUGGAAAAUGCUCCUGACGGGCAAACGCUAGGCGCCACAGAUUGCUCCAAUGGUCAUUCACCUGAUAAUCCACCUCCAUCGGAAUGGUUAGAAGAUACGCUUAUUGAACUUUAUUUGUCUGGUUAUUCCAAGCCAGUAGUCACUGCUGCAGAUGAUGUGAUGAUACCCUUGGAAACGAAUGAUGUAGAUAACUUCCAGUUGUCAGCCAAAGGGAGUAGCGAUACUUAUGAACGUGAAGGAGAAUGGCUUCUGGAGGACCAUUACGGUGUAACUAAUUCUGGCAGAAGCUUCCCUGAUGAUGGUGUUUCAUGGGAUGAAGAAAACUGGCGAGCACAGUACGGUCAAGUCAUUCAAUCUGGGGAAGAGCCAAUGCCAGAGUUCCCAAUUGUUGAUUUAUGGGACUGGGCAUUGGUUACAGGGUCCAGAAAGGAUGGAAAAGGUGACACGGUGAGGCUGGUUGGGAGAUUGGUGAGGAAGUCUGUUAAGCUUCAUCCAUCUAUGCCUUCUGGUGGUGGUCUUCUAAAAACUGCUCCAAUAUGUGAAGUACAUCUUGAUCUGGUACGAGUCACAUCAGGUCAAGUGUACAAGUUGCGGACUCCUAAUGUGGGAUACUUAGCUUCAUUGUCAACUUAUGAUUCUUCCAACCCAACAAAAGAUUGGGGAUUCCCUGAAUUAUCAGUUGAUAGGCAUUCUCUUCCUCUCUCUAAAUCCAGUGGAAAGCAUGUAUCAAAAACUGCAUCUGGAGUAACCGUCAGCAAGGAUUUGUCUAUGUUGCCAGAUAAUCUUUCUGCAUCUGAGAAGAGUAGAAACCAUGUGUAUAGGGACAGAGCUGCGGAGAGACGAACGUUACAUGGCGGUUUUGGAGUGGGUCCUGGACAAAAGAAUUCAAUAGUCAGUGAAAAUGAUCUUCCAUCAUCACCAGCUUCUUCAGGUAGAGAAGAAGCAGCAGCUGAGGCCUUGAAUAUGUCAUUUGGAGCUGAUAGUUACGCCAGAAAACUUUUAGAAAGCAUGGGCUGGAAGGAGGGGGAGGGCCUCGGCAACACCACAAAGGGAUUGGUUGAACCAAUACAAGCAGUUGGAAACGUUGGUAAUGCUGGGUUGGGUUGGCCUCGGGGAAUAGCAAAGCGCCACCGAGAUAUAUGACUUUUAUGUACAUAGUUUUCUUCUAAAUUAGGUUGGAGAAAUUUUUUAUAAUCCAGUCUAUCAAAUUAAGCUUGUUUAA